AUGUCCGACUACGACGAAGGUUUUAACGAAGGUAAUGAGCAAUAUGAAGAUUUUGAUGUAGAACGUUACUCCGACGAGGAUGAAAUAAUUACUACCGAAGGUGCCAGCGAGAAUAAGCAAGAAAAUGGUAAUGGUACAACUGUCACUGUUGGUGGUGAAUUGAAGGAUGAGAAUGGUAACACUGUUAUUGUAAGCGGUCUUGAUGACCAACAAGCUAUCAGGAGGAAAACUUUGAAAGAAAAAGCUAUUCCAAAGGAUGAAAGAACAACAACACCAUAUAUGACAAAAUAUGAAAGAGCUAGAAUCUUAGGUACUAGAGCUCUACAGAUAUCUAUGAAUGCUCCAGUAUUUGUGGAUCUAGAAGGUGAAACUGAUCCUCUGAGAAUUGCAAUGAAAGAAUUAGCAGAAAAGAAGAUUCCUUUGGUUAUUAGAAGAUACUUACCAGAUGGAUCUUUCGAGGAUUGGAGUGUUGAAGAACUAAUCUUUGAUUAG